GUCCUUACCAAGGAGGUUAAAUAUAUAGUGACCCAACUAAGCACAACACCUUACACGCUGUGGGCUAUACGGAGGAUUACAUUAGGACAAAGGUGGGACCGUGCAGAAAAGUAACAAUUGCGUGAGAUAAUAACCUUUUAAAAUCACCAUUUGCCGUCUAUGUCUAAUCAUAAUAGUAGAAAUAGGGCUUGAAAUGGUCAAUUGUUACUUAAUGCCAUGCAGAUAUGUCACUUUUAGAGUUUUGAGGUAUAUAUCAUAACUUUCAUGUGUGGCACAAUGAAAAUGGUACAGCCCUUUGCAUGAAGAGUGCCUUUCCAGUACGUCAUUUUUCUCUGCGCUAGUGUCUCAUUAAAAGACAUGAGGCAGAUAAACAGGGAGUGUCAACAAAACCCGGCAAGAAUCUCAGUCUGUGAACGAAGGAAGCUGUUACGUAUACCUCGCUACCAGUCAUCGUACCAGUCUAAUGGGUCAGCCCAACAGUACCAUGGCCGACAGUUUCCCGAAGUUUACCCGAGCCCUGGUUCGGCAAAUUCCGGACUCCAUUCGGGACCAAUCGGAAGGCGUCAAAGUGUACCAAGAAGACGCAUUCUACCAAACACUAAAGAAACAUGAACCAAUUGAUGUUGCUAAAGCUCGGGAGGAUCACGCGCGUUACACCCAGACCCUGCGGGACCUGGGACUGGACGUGACCGUUCUACCGGCGGACGAGUCCACUCCAGACUGCCCGUUUGUGGAGGACACCUGUGUGGUGGUCGGCAACAGGGCGCUGGUCACCAGGCCAGAGGGAGAGCCUAGGAGACGGGAGCUUGACUGUGUGGAGAAGUGUCUGAGAGACUUGGGGCUGGAAGUCCACAGGAUACGUGAUGAUGACAAGGCAACACUAGAGGGGGGUGACGUCGUUUUUACAGGAAAGGAGUUCUUUGUUGGCGCGUCAGAAAUGUCCAACAAAGCGGGUCGGAAAGCCCUGGCCGACACGUUCCCAGAGUACCCAGUUCACGCCAUCCCGGUGGCCUGGCCGGAGUUCCACCUGAAGGGCGUGGCCUGCUGCGCUGCUCCCGGGAUCAUCGCACUGGGCAACAACAAGUGGGGCAAGAAAGCUUGGCAGACUAUUCAGCGGAAAAGUGAGUUCAAGUACGAGCCCUUGUGGGUGCCGGACGGUGCUAGUGCUGUGGACUGUAUUCACGUCAACGGAACCGUCAUACACUGCACCGAGAAGGAGGGGCCCAACAGCAUGAAGGUUUUUGAGGAGAGACUGGCGGGCUUCAAGCGGGUGUCAGUUUCUAUCGGGGAGCUUAGGAAGGUGGACGCAGCCUUGUCCUGCUGUUCUGUGCUCUUCUAGACAUCACUUCGAAUAUAGACCAUCAUAUAUAGGAGGAAAGGGGAAAACAACGCACUGCUAAGAUUGUAUAAUCUAUUUGAACAAACUUUUAAGUUAAAAAAUUAAAUGAAGUACGUAGAAUUGGUGUGUAAGCCCGUUCAUGGAUACAACUGCGCGUAGCUCACAGGUGAUGGCAAAUUUUCCUUACAUUCAUUUUUUAUUGUAACGUCACAUGUACGUACUUUGGGAUGAAUGGUGAAACUAUUUAUAACGUCAACCUAAUGGAGAUCCAAUUAAAACAAAUAAACAAAAAAAAAUGGACAGUGUGAUGCAAAAUGACGUUCGGAGUCUUGACAUAUUAAAAUCAUUGUCGAGACCAGAACUAUUUACGCACUUAGAAGGGGUCUUCUUCUUUGACCUGUACAUGCGAAGUUGUAUCCGCGAAGGGCCUUAUUCUGUGUAGCAGACACAGAAAUGCAGCUGGUGUCGUUGUUUGCGAUGAAAAAAUAAAUAUGUCCUUAUUGCAGCUGCCUAUAAAUGAUCGAAUGUAUAAGAUUAUAACAUACAAGUCAUUGUAUUUGAAUUAGCAUCAUAUAUAAUACUAAGCAUACCUAGGGAAAGGCAGAGAGAUGAAAAGAAUUAGAACAAGGGAGACUUACGAUUUUAUUUGCUUAGACACACUUUUAUUUGGCAAAUGCCUUGAACUACUUGAAAUAUAUUUAUUUCUAAAAGACUGUUCGACAUAUUUGUCACUACAACGUUAUGUAGGCCAGAAUAUAUAUAAUAUAUUUGCGGAAAACCAAGAGUUAUAUUCUUCCAGUUUGAUGGCUUAGUAUCAUCAUCAAAUCACGCUGCACGCUGCAGUCAUGUAUUUAUAACUCUGUUGUUAUUAUCUAUAAUAUUAUCAAGGUUUCGGUAUAUGGCUACGUUUAAAAGUGUUAACAUAAAUGGUAUAUGGUCGUUCUGAAUCAACAUUAAACUCCUAUUUUAAAAAAAACACACAAAAA